UGAGGAAAGAAGGAGCGAAAUGCAGGAUGAGCUGAGCCGCACAUCAUGACUGUUUAAGACAGUCAGCCGCCGCGCUGGCACUUCUCGGUUCUGCUCCGGUGAAAAAAUGCCGAUAGCCACGUAGUAGCGGGAAAUAAAAAGGGGUGAAACGACCGCGAAGGGGGUCCCUGCCGUAGGCCUGCGCUGCACGGGCCGCUCCGCGCGCUUCGCCCGCCUUUUUGUGCGCUCUUUAAUCCCAGUGAAUUUUUUUUUUCCUCCUCCCCCCCUUCUCCCGGCUAAAUACUAGCUGCUAAACCCUGAAGAGAUGCGUUCGCUGGACGUCCUAGCUUGACAAACCCGUCUUUUUUGUAAAAGAGGGUUUAAAAGACUUCAAGUCUGACUUGUUUUCCUCAUUAGAAGCAUCCUGACUGAGUGACUCUAACGCUUGUGGGACAUUUCCUCCUUGGAGCAGUUUGUGGCCGUUGAUCUUCCCCUUAGCUGUUUUGUUUUUCGUCGAGUUGAAAUUCAACCUGAAAAGUGCCCUUUUUUUUUUUUUUUUUUUUUUGAAAUGUCCCCAGCCUGUUGUUAAACAGCUUAAACGCAUAGUUUAAUGUUUCUGAUACUACUGACAAAACACCCCAAACCUUGUUUUUAAAUGUGUGAACUGGAUUUAUUUAGGGCAGUUGUGUAAAAAUUGAUUCAUAACUCCAUCGAAGAGGUGUACAGUUGAGACGUAUAGCUGCUCUUUUAUUUAUUUAUGUGUAAAGUUUGGUUUAUUCAUUAGGUUUGCUGACCAGUUAAUAACAGAAAUACACAGUGUGGUGGUAGACAGGAGGUUACAGUUGUCUCUUGGAGUGGACAUGAGAAGAUGAACAGGCAGGAAGUGCUGGAUUUUUGCAAUGCCAAGCCCAAGGAUGUCCAUGAUGAUGGUGGUACAAACUACAUGGAAGACAUGAUACCACUGAAGAGCCUUCAGGCAAUGGCUGGAGAUGUGGCUAAACAGGUCAUUGGGACAGAGGCUGUCGACGUUGCUGGGCUUUCGGAACUGAACGAUGGACACCUUGGGGGUCAUCUGCGGGGUGAAGAACAGCAAAGGGUAGAAGAGGUCAACUGGAAUGAGGAAAAAGGGGUUUCUAAUGAGUUGUCUUUUGCCAACUCUGGCUUGGAUAAUUGUUCAAAGGACCACCAAUAUCAGGGGCGUAACUGUGACUCUGGGUCAGCUGAGCCAAACUUUUCUGAUGGGGAUAUGGACAUCGGUGUGGAUUUGACUCUGGAUGAAAGUGGCGUUUUGGAGUCCGAGCCGCUGGGCCAAAAUGUUGACCAGGGCAUCCCGGACAAAGUCGUUCUCGCUGCAGAAUCCGCAGCCCUUCGUAGUGAUUCAGAGGAGGCAAAAAGGGCCCUCAAAAUGGAGGACAGUUUGCCUUUGGAAUCUGCUAAAGGUGAAGUUGGCUCCACCAUAUCUGAAGAUAAUGAAAGGCAUAAACAUGGGGGCAAAAGGGUGACGUUUCCUUCAGAUGAAGACAUUGUUUCUGGAGCCGUAGAGCCAAAGGACCCAUGGAGACAUGCUCAGAAUGUGACAGUGGAUGAGAUCCUCUCUGCCUAUAGGCAGGCCUGUCAGAAGCUCAACUGCAAGCCCAUCCCUAAAGUGCUGAAACAGAUAGAGGAGUUCAAAGAGUUGACUCAAAGGAAUGACUGCCUGGACCUCAAAGGGGAGAAGCUGGACUACAAGGCUUGUGAGUCCCUGGAGGAGAUUUUCAAGAGGGUCCAGUUCAGAGUGGUGGACUUGGAGCAGACAAACCUGGAUGAGGAUGGUGCUUCAGCUCUGUUUGACAUGAUUGAGUACUAUGAGUCGGCUACCCACCUCAAUAUCUCCUUCAACAAGCACAUUGGCACCCGUGGUUGGCAGGCUGCUGCUCACAUGAUGAGAAAGACGAGUUCCUUGCAGUACCUAGAUGCCCGCAACACUCCUUUGCUGGAUCACUCUGCGCCCUUUGUGGCACGAGCACUGCGUAUCAGUGGCAGUUUGGCUGUAUUGCACUUGGAGAAUGCCGGCCUAUCGGGUCGCCCACUGAUGCUGCUGGCCACAGCUCUGAAGAUGAACAUGAACCUCAGAGAGCUUUACCUGGCUGACAACAAGCUCAACGGCCUACAGGACUCUGCCCAGCUGGGCAACCUCCUCAAGUUCAACUACAACAUCCAAAUCCUGGACUUGCGCAACAACUACAUCAUGGAUUCUGGUCUGGCAUACCUGUGUGAUGGCCUGAAGGAGCAGCGGAAGGGUCUGGUGACUUUGGUGCUCUGGAACAACCAGCUCACACACAAUGGCAUGGGGUACCUUGCAGCUGCUUUGCCCUGCACACAGAGCUUGGAGACCCUCAACCUGGGCCAUAACUCUGUUGGCAAUGAGGGCAUCCACAAGCUGAAGGAUGGGCUCAUAGCGAACCGCUCAGUACUGCGGCUAGGCCUAGCCUGCACCAAGCUCUCCUGCGAGGGUGCUGUGGCAGUAGCGGAGUUUAUUGCAGAGAGCCCCCGUCUCUUGCGGCUAGACUUGCGGGAAAAUGAAAUCAAGACCGGGGGCCUGAUGGCACUGUCACUGGCACUCAAGGUCAACACCUCCUUGCUGCGCCUCGACCUGGACCGGGAGCCUAAGAAAGAGACUGUAAAGAGCUUCAUUGAGACACAGCGCAACCUGCUGACUGAAAUUCAGAAUGGCUGCAAACACAACUUCAUUCUGGCGAAAGAGAAGGAGGAGACUGAACAGAAGAUGCGCUUGUCUGCUUCCAUGCCAGAAAUCACUUCAGGAGAGGAUGAAAGGGGUGAGGAUGAGGAAGUAGCGGCUGGAAUUGAACCAUCCACAGAGGACGAUGACAUAUCCAGGGACAAGGUUACUGUAAACACUGCAGAACAGGAUGAGGAGUCAGAGGAUGUAACAGAGUUGCCAGGUGAUGGAGAAAAGGGUAAAGAGGGGAAAAACUCUCCAGAGUCUGUGGAGUCUGACUCAGAUACAGAUGAGGAGGACGUGGAAGACACGAGGGAGUUAGGUUGUCAAGCUGCACAGCAGCAUUCUGCUCCUUGUGUCACUAGGGAAUCUCAGCCUGCGGUUAAUCGGCCCCACAGUGGGGAAAGGACACCUCUCCCCUCCACCCUGCCUUCACCUACUCUCACUGCUUCAGGCAUCACAGUCACUGAGUCACCUGUAUCACCUGGCGUCCCGUCCUCACCAGGACGCUGCAUCUCUGUAUCGAGCCCUGGGAGAGGUCAUAAGAUCUUCAUGGUAACCCGUGUGGAGAGUCCUCCUGAACGGCAGCAGCACAUUCAGCCACCACAGGCACAAUCCCAACUACAACAGGGAGUUCUUCACCCCUCAGCAAUGUGGGCGGGAGAGAAACAGCAGCACGUGGAACAGGAACAACACAUGAAGGUAGGCACUGUGGAGCCAGUACAGCUGCCACAACCAGCCUCACCGCAGCUGUUCCAAACUGCUGCCGUGGGAGCAGAGGAAGAACAGCUGCAGCCAAAGACUCCACUUAUUCAGUCUGAGCAGAUGUGCCAGAUGCUGGAGGCAACACAGAAGACUGGUGUGACCCAACAGCCAUCACCCGUGAUACAAGCACAGGAGCACACAUUGGUGCCCCCAAUGGUCACAUGCAGCACAGCAGGCCCAGAGGGGUACCGCCUGUGGAAGCAGCCUGAUAGAACUCCUGAGGUGGUGCAAGAGGCCAAUGCCUCUGAUGUACACUCCAGGGAGGUGACCCUGCCCAAUGGUCUUCGACCUGAGUUUGCCUUGUGCCUGCCAGUCACGGAGGCCCCAAAGCUCGGCAGCUGUGUAGCUGGACAUGUGAGUGUAACUGCAGACCUGAGUUGUGGUCAGGACUUGGAGGAGCUGCUCCGGGAGGCCAGUCUGGAAACGGGGAGGGAGGCACCUUGAUAACACUCGGGGGUUCUUCACGCUGGAGGAAUGCAAGGCUGCAAGUCGUCCUCGCAACUUGCCCACUUGGCUUUGUACCUCUCCUACCCCCGAGUGCACCCAACCACCCUGUCACUGUCUACUCUAAAAACUGAAAUUCUGAUUUUCAUUUUAAAUAAUACACAUACAUAGCAAUGACAAUAUGAUAAAUUAACAGAAAAGGACCAAUUCACCCCUCUGCACGCACAUAUGCCACCACAAGUCAAGGUGUUAAAACAAGGUGUUUAAAGGAAACGGAGCAUAAAAUAAGAAUUGCAUUUUGUCAUUAUCACUACAGUCCAUUUCUGUUUGCAACUGGAGAUGUGCAUGAUGCCACAGGUUUAGGAAUAGUAUGAAAGAACUGGAGGGGGGGACCCUGUCGCUCUAACCAAAGAUCAGCAGAACAGGUGAGCGGUGGGCUCUGAAUUCUCCUGACUGGACCCUCUGCACUCACCUGAGCUCACACAGGCGCCUUUCUGCCACGCUUCUGUGACAACAAAGGGGUGCAUUUUCAGGGCUUGGCAUGAUGACAUAACUGCAGAUGCACUAGAAUCGUCUGACUGGGGUGUGUGGUCAGCAGACGGGUCACAGGGACUCCUUGGACCAGCGAUGCCAACACUAUGUCUCACUUUCCCUUUUCCCUCUUUAAAUAGUGACAAACCUGUAUCAAAGCAAAAAUAAACUUUUCCUUUUUGCUUUGGCUGUUGUCAGUGGCUUUCUUUUUUUUUUUUUUUUUUUUUCUUUUCCUGUCUUGAAUACCUAGAAUGUCACAAGACUGACAGGAAGUCACUGUGGAAUUCCCGAAGACUUCCAGAAAAUUACACAGAUCUUCUGUAUAUGCCUUUGCAUUAUAAAAAUUGAUUUUUUUUUUUCCCUUCUUUUCUCUGGGACAUCAUUUACUGCUGACAUUUCUGUUUCUAAAUGGUUUGUCUGGAGCAGUCAGGUGGGCCAAAGAGGCGAGUGUCCCGUGUGCAGACCAGCCAGUGAGAAUUGCUGCUGUUUUGUCCAUCUCCAUGUCCCUCUGUCUAGCAAGUCUUCCAUCGGCACCACCCCCCAUGCUGUUGCCAACAUGCUGAGCGCUUGCAACAGAGGAACGAAAUUGCCUUCAGACUUUUAUUGAUCUUUUGUCCUUUUUUGUUAUUGCUGCUUCUGAAGAAUCACUGUCAUUUAUGUAUUUAUUUUAUAGCUUUAUGGGACUUUUGUUUUUUUU